AUGGUCGUAUGGCUUCGGCCUCAGUGUAUUCUGGCAAUUGUCACCAGUUUGCACUUUUAUUCUCAAUUAGUUUCUUCCAAAACGUAUGAACAUUUUUGGUGUGCAACCGAAGAAGGUCAUCGUCAAGCAUCCUGUCCAGAUGAUACUGCACUAUUAACAGAUGUAACAAUACGUAAAAUUUACCGUCGUACACAAUCAUGUGAACCUGAUUUUCACUCAGAUUAUCUUAUUCAUUGUCAAGAACAUAUUGAUGGAUCGUCAUGCGAAGGAAAUCGAACAUGUUCAAUUGAAGUAUCUAGUCGAAAUUAUAUCAAAUGUGGAGACAAACGUUAUCCGCCAACAUAUUUUCUAGUCAAGUUUACUUGUACACAAAUUUAUACAAUGUGUGCGGAUACAGAUCCUAUCCGAAACACACUCUAUGGAUUUAUUGUUUCGCCAGCCUAUCCACAUCCCAUGGCUGAUAAUGUAACAUGUUCUAUUAAUAUUGAGGCCGGUCCAUCAAUGUAUAUUGAAUUAGCACCCAUCCAAAUUCAUUUACAAGAAGCAAGUAAAUGCAGAUCUGAAUAUUUAGAAAUUUUCGGAUAUAUAAAUUCACAAACAAAUAAUUCCGUCGCUGAGAAGAGAACAUCAAAUAAAAAUGCAAAAAAUAUUUGGAAAUCAUAUUAUACAUGGUGUGGUGCUGAACACUCAACAAACAAUCCGUUACCUAGUGCACGUUAUCUUAUUGCGUCCAAUUCACUAUAUAUAGCAUUACAUACAGCUGUAUCAAAAAAGCCAAGAUACUUUAAAAUACGAUAUAAAGUUGUUCCAUCAAUAGUACGUUCGGAAUAUGAUUCAGAUGGCAUUGCAUAUGAUUCAAUAUCCGAAUCACAAACACAUUCUUCUAUGACAUCAACUACUAUUCAAUCAACUACAAUAGCUAUGCCAACAGUUCAAAAUAAAUAUAAUGAAAAUAUUAAUGGAACAGUACCAAAACGAACAUUUAAAAAAGAAAUUCUCAUCGGUAUUAUUGCUGGUGUAGUCGUUCUUGUACUUGCUAUACUUGCUGGCAUAGGUAUAUUCCUUUUCAUGAAAAAACGUCGCCUCUCAAAAGGAACAGCAACAGUAUCGAAAUCUACUACAUCGCCACCAGCAAACGCUGCAGGAAAAAAGAAUUCAGCCGGUCCAGCAAGUUCAAAUAAUACAGGAUUGAAAUCAAAUGCAAAACCCAUCGAUAAGGCUCCACUUCUUGAACAACCAGUCAAUACACAAACAGCAGCAGCAAAACGUAAAUUAGUACCAGAAAGAACAGUACACAUAGCUGAUGUGAAUAGUUCUCGUUUUAAAUCUACUGCUGGAGCAACAACAACAGCAACUCACACAGGAGCAACUGGUAAAGAUACAAAUGCAACAAGUGCAAAUACUGUUGCGCCGUCAUCAGCACCAUCUGCACUUAAACCGCCAUUAACAGUCGCUGAUAGUGGUAUUUAUGGUGCUGAUUUAAGUGAUGAUGUGCCACCAGUAACUAAACCAACUUCGCCGACUGAACCACCAAAAAUCUAUGGUUCUGAUUUGCCUGAUAAAUCAGAUUUAACUCCUCCUGUAACUGUUGUUGUUAAUCCAUUAAGCGAACAUUGUACCAAUACUACUACUGCGGCUACUGCUACUACUAUUAUGACUAAUACGACAUCAUCUGAUGAUAUUGUCCCAGAUGAUAUAUCAACGGAAACAUUAGAAGAAGAAAAAGAAGUUUUAUUAAAUUCAUUUGUAAAUGAAAAACAUUUAGACGAAACUGUUAAAAGUGCCUAUUCACAUUUAAUUGACGCAACGAUAAGUGAAAGCGAAGGAGGCAUUGAUGGGGGAUCAAUAACCAGUAGUGCAUCACAAUCACGUCGAACAUCGAAUGCUAGACAACCAUUACUUUCACACGAAAGAAAUAAUAUUCAAACAAUACCACGUAAAGCAGCAACACAAUUUAAUCCAUUACAUAUGAUAUUAAAAAAAGAUGCUAACAAAUAUUAUACAACAGAAUAUAUUUAA